AUGUCUUCAGGCCUCAGUUACUUCUCAAGAGCAUCCGGGAGCAGCGGCUCCUGCACACAUUCCAUCAGCAGUGAUGAUUCGUGGUCCCGCCACAGUGGCAUCAUGCCCCAACAACCGUCCGUAUACGGGACUUCGGGCGAGGCGCCCGUGAUCUACCAUCCAAGCGCUAGAAGGUUCUCCCCUCCGCAUAUUGAGCGUGGACCUAUAGAUACUCAGGUUCCUGUCAAGCCCAACAAGCCAGUUUCAUCGGACUUCGCCAUGCCAUACAGCGGACUUCCAGUGACCUCACAUGCAUUGGGAACAAUUCCCGUGUCUGCAGGAGGUGCCUUGCCACGCCCCACAGCUCUCUACCCAGAGUGGGACCACCCUGCUCGCCUCCCAGCGGAGUCGCUCAGGCGUGAUUACGACCUAGUCAGACCUUACGAGACGUCGGAGUACCUGAUUGAAAGAAACAGCCGACGCGCAACGGAGAAGCCUAAAGGCGCUACUCGGUAUCACUCGCAAAGACGGCCGUCUAAUCGCGACGAGUUUGACGGACCCCACCAGUUGCUAGACCCUCCGUCACCGCGGGUCAUAGCAGCCCAAGGGAGGGAUUUGCCUCAUCUACCUACUAAUCUUGAUGUCUCAGAGCAAGAUCAAAUUCUGACGUCAGUAAAUGACCGACUGUCACAGUGCGCAUUUGACUUUGUUGCAAAGUAUCAAUUUCCGAUUCCACUGGAACCGGACAAGAGGCCGGUGAGAGUUCCUUCUGACCGCGAGUGGACCGAGUGGGUAUAUCUCCUAAAGAGACUGGCGACCAAGCGUCGCAUCCCAGCCCGGGUGUUGUAUAAUGGCCAGAUCAAGCAGUUAGUGACCGUGCUGGAAAAUUCCCUGGAGAUGAGACAUGCAGCCAAGCAUCAGUCUCGGCCCAUCAAGGAUGAUCGGAAUGUCCUUCAGCUUAUCUCAGCUGGCACACAGGUGGCCAAGAUCCUUAAGGAUGCUAAUGCCAUGGAAUUCCUUGACCGCCUCUAUCUUGAUACAGAAAAACGCAUCCAUGAUCGACGCAGCCGUCGAGUGAAAUUUGCCAGCCCAUGA